CCCACUCGCCGACUCCACUGCCUCCUCCCACAGAGCCGUCGCAGAUUUGUUUGGCAACAACUAAAUCUCACAGUCGGAACUCGUUUGUUUUUGUUUUGUUUUUUUGCGAACUGAAAGCGCGUCGUCCUCUUUCUUCUUCAGCCACAUCGGAGGCGACAUGGCGACUGGCUUUCAGGCCUUUGUGUGCGCGGCUUUGGUCGCGGUGCUCGGCGCUGGGCUCGGCGAGGACGUCGACGGCCCUCCCGGCUCCGCCGUCCGUGUGAGGGAGGCCGACCCCGGCUUGAGGAAGGCUCUGCGGUUCGCCGAGGAGCGCUACAACUCGGGCUCCAACGCGAUGCACCUCCGCAAAGUCAGCCGGCUCAUCUCCGCCACCAAACAGCUGGUUAAGGGAAUCCGCUACACUAUAACGGUGGAGAUGAGUAACACUCAGUGUAAGAAAUCCACGAUGCUCCGGACUUGCGACUUCUAUCCCGAGUUACGACAACUUAAGCCUGAGGUGUGUGUGUUUGAAAUCUGGGACAUACCCUGGCAGGCGACUUCAAAUCUGCUCAAACAGAAAUGCCAACCAAAAGCCGGACCGGAAGAAACAACUGCAGUUGAGGACGCUUCCCCUGACCAGCAUCCGGAGGGGUCUGUGGAGUUGGUGGGCCUUUUCAAAGACUUCAUGGUUCAACACAGUAAGGUGUAUGGCACCCAGGAGGAGACCGACCGCCGCUUGCAGAUCUUCCACGAGAACUUUAAGACCGCUGCAAAAAUCCAGUCUUUAGAUGAAGGAUCUGCCGAGUAUGGCAUCACCAAGUUCAGUGACCUCACUGAGGAAGAGUUUCGCUCGACAUACCUGAACCCGCUGCUGAGCCAGUGGACCCUCCAGCGACCAAUGAAAUUGGCCCCUUCGGCCCGAAGCCCCGCCCCUGCCAGCUGGGAUUGGCGAGAUCAUGGCGCCGUUAGCCCUGUUAAGAACCAGGGUAUGUGUGGAUCUUGCUGGGCAUUUUCAGUCACGGGGAACAUCGAAGGACAGUGGUUUCUGAAAAACGGAACUCUGCAGUCUCUGUCCGAGCAAGAGCUGGUUGACUGCGACGGGCUGGACCAGGCGUGCAGAGGCGGGUUGCCGUCCAAUGCCUACGAAGCAAUUGAGAAUCUCGGCGGCCUGGAGUCGGAGAGCGACUACUCCUACACCGGCCGCAAACAGAAGUGCGAGUUCGCCAGCAGGAAGGUCGCCGCAUACAUCAACAGCUCUGCGGAGCUGUCCAAAGAUGAAAAUGAAAUUGCAGCUUGGCUGGCUGAAAACGGCCCCAUCUCUGUAGCUCUGAAUGCUUUUGCCAUGCAGUUUUACAAGAAGGGUGUUUCCCACCCUUUCAAGAUCUUCUGUAACCCCUGGAUGAUCGACCACGCAGUGCUCCUGGUGGGCUACGGAGAUCGUCAGGGAAUUCCAUUCUGGGCCAUCAAAAACAGCUGGGGUGAGGAUUAUGGGGAGCAGGGUUACUACUACCUAUACAGGGGCUCCAAUGCAUGUGGGAUCAACAGGAUGGCCUCGUCUGCUGUUGUCGCCUAAAUCAAUGAAACUUGCACUUUCUUGCCGUUUCCCCUCGCGCAGAUGCGUAAAUGCCCUAUUGCGAUUGCAGACGCUUGAGCCGGACUUGCAUGACGCGUCCUCGUACCGUGAAACCAGCCUCGUUUUCCUUCAAACGCAUACCACGUCUACUAUCACUAGCUUCAAAAUAAUAUACUGAAAUUUUAAGUGAUUGUGCCGUCGAUUUAAUGUGCGCUUUUAAUUGUUUAAAUGUCAAGCAUUUGGUUUGAAGUCGUUUUCUCUGACGGUAACUGUCUAUAUGAGGCACUAGUCAUAGUUAGGCCACAUGUGCUAUGAAUUUUCUUACCAACGGUCAUCUGGCCAGAUUAGCCCAUUUUUGUUUACCUACUGUUACGUUUGUUAGAAGCUGAUAAGAAAUAAAUUCAAAUGAAUUGGA